AUGUCGCGCAGCAGUUACGACCGUCACUUGACGAUCUUCUCGCCCGAGGGCCGGCUGUACCAGGUUGAGUAUGCAUUUAAGGCGAUCAAUGCUGCUGGAAUCACUGCAGUUGCAGUGCGUGGCUGCGAUUCUGUGGUGAUUGCGACGCAAAAAAAGGUGCAGGACAAGUUGAUCGACGCUUCCACCGUCACGCACAUUUACUCGCUUACUCCCGAGAUUGGAUGUGUGAUCACGGGCCGUGAGUCGGAUGCACUUUCCCAGGUGCAGCGCGCACGCUCCGAGGCGGCCGAGUACAAGUACAAGUACGGAUACCCCAUUUCUCCGGACCUCCUCGCGAAGCGUUUGGCCAAUAUCAACCAAGUAUACACGCAGAAGGCCGCCAUGCGCCCACUGGGCAUUGCCAUGAUUCUUAUUGGUCUUGAUGACGAGCAGGACAGCGCGCCGCAGAUUUUCAAGCUCGAUCCUGCGGGCCACUACGAGGGAUUUCGCGCAACGGCGAGCGGGGCAAAGCAGACCGAAGCGAUCAACUUUUUGGAGAGGCAGUUUAAGCGCUCCGCACACCCCUCCCUACCUCCCUCGACGCGUCCUCAUGCGGCCACAUCGCCUGCGGACGAGGCCAUGGUUGAGGCUGCCGAAGUAAGCGCGCACUUGAGCCGCGACGAUCUGCUCGACAUGGCUGUAAAUGCGCUGAACACGGUCCUCGCACAGGAACUCAAGGCGAAUGAAAUUCAAGUCGGUCUUGUUGGCGGCCCAGUCGCGAAGCAGGGCGACGAGUUCGAGCGGAGAUUCCGGACGCUGAACGAAAACGAGAUUGGACAGGUUUUGGAGCGCCUCGCGGAGCGCGAUUAG